AUGGCGACGACGGGAGAUGGAAGCGGAGCCGGAGAAAAGUCCCGUAAGAGGCCUUUCCGGCGAGAUAUUAAUGAAGAACUGCAUUAUGUUUCUCCAGAGGCUGGGCAUAAGAAGUUAACCGAAGUGUCAGAUGAAGGUGGGAAUUCUACUAGCAUUUUUGCUGCCACUGGGAUAUUGGAGCUUGAACAAAUGUUGAAAGAGAAAACCUUCUCUAGGUCUGAAUUGCAUCGCUUGAGAGCAUUGCUGCAUUCAAGAAUUUGUGAUGAUGAUGUUGUUGUUGAAAGAGAUGAAGCAUCAACAACUGACACAACUGGCCAAGCACCGAGACAAGAUUCAAAGUUAAUUAUUAAUAAUAAGGCAACAAGCCUUCCGAAAACAUCAAUGGCAGCAACUAUUGAGAAUCUCCCAUUCGAGCUUUUAUCAAUCAUAUUCAUCCGAUUAUUGGCAAAACAACUUGCUCAAAUGAGAUGCGUCUCCAAAUCUUGGAAUGCCCUCUUAUCUGAAUCUUCCUUUGUAAAAUCCCACCUCCAUCAUUCCAUCAAUAACAAGGAUCAAAUUCUCUUGGUCUUCUACCACAAGGCAUCUUCUUCUGACCCUAAUCAGUUCACUGCACACCCUUCUCGAUCUCCCCAUCUCCAACUCAUCAAACUCCCAGAUGUUAAUCCCUAA